AUGAAGAGGGAGAGAGUGAGACGAAGGAGGGUGAGGGGUCGAUACGGGAUAUUUAAUUCAUUAGGACGGGGGAGAGUUGGGGGCGGGCGGUUGGCACCACUGCCACUCGGCCAACACUCGACAGUCGCCCACAAGUCUGAGAUGGAACCAUGUCGUCCAAGACCAAGCCUAAGAAACACUUUAGACAUUAACCGACGAUUCAGCGAUGGAGAUUCAAGGCGCAGUUUCAAAAAGUUAAAUGAUAUUAAAGAGAUGCGAAUUUCACCUGACUUAGAUAAUGAAGAUUAUAGCUCAGGUAAAAAUGGUGAAGUAAAAGAAGAAAGAGAGGAUUGGUGCUAUUCGAUUAGCAAGAAACCUGGUACUCCACAGUCGAGAGAGCUAUCGAGCCCGCUUCCCGAAAAUGGUUCCACUCAUGAUGAAACUUCUUCGUCGGGGAACAAAGAUGAUGACGACGAUUUGGAAGAUGACUCAGACGACCUCAAGUCAAUACCCCAUGAUCCCGAGCGUUUGAAAGCGUUUAAUAUGUUUGUUCGACUUUUUGUUGACGAGAACUUGGACAGAAUAGUACCGAUAUCUAAACAGCCCAAGGAAAAGAUCCAAGCCAUCAUCGAUUCAUGUAACCGCCAAUUUCCGGAAUUCGGAGAAAGAGCCCGUAAGAGAAUAAGGACCUAUCUUAAAUCAUGCCGGAGGAACAAGAGGUCGAGAGAUGGUUCAUUCGAAGCCGCAAGACCGACACCGGCACAUCUAACGUCGGCUCAAGCAGAGCAGAUAUUGGCCUCAGCCUGCGAAAAUGAAGCACAUAAUGCGAAAAGGAUGCGCCUAGGAUUGGAACCGGUUGGCCAACCGAUGCCUUUACUACCAGGAGCCGAUCAGAGACCUGUACUUCCUGAACAUUUCUCACCAGCUAAUCUAUGUGCAGAAACUAAGAGUUUUCCCUCUGUAAAUAGCUCUGCCAAAGAUCCACACACCCCGAGGCAGCCUGAACUCAGAGGAAUCAACGCAACUGGAAUUAGUACGCUGUACAGAAACAUUCCAGAAGGACCAGGGCGACCAGUUGAACCUACUGACCUAUCUCUUAGACCGAGGUUAUCAAUGCAUGAAAUCAAUUCUGUCCGCAGGCUUGUGGCAGGCUACAGGGAAUCUGCUGCAUUUUUGCUGAGAUCUGCAGACGAACUUGAACAACUCCUUUUACAUCAAUAAAAUUUAUAUUUAAAAUAUUGUGGAAAUACGAUUGUGAAUAUAAAUAAAAACAUGUACAUAGACCCACAAAUUAUAUAAAACAAUGGCCAUUAGGCCAUUUUCUUGUAUAUUUUAACACUGCCAAACUGUAAAUAACAUUGUUCACUACUUGAUGUAUUUAUAAAAAUAUUGAUAAUUUUGUUAAAAUUCACUUUAUAUAAAACAACAAAACUAGUCAAAGAACAGAUAUAUCACUUUUCUAAUAAAUACAAAAAUCAAGAAACAA